GCAAUUGGAAGCAAUAAACAUGUAGGAUUUAAAUGUGCUAAAAAAUGUCUGAAAUCAGACUAUUAUUAGCUAAAGUAAAUGGGAGCAGUUAAAGUAAAUGUGAGAUUGUGCCAGGAAGAGAAAUCUUCUACGUCCAUUUAAUUGUCAUGCCUUAUUUGUUGAAUCUACUUAAUGUUUCCAUGUGAUUUCCCUGAUCACACAUCAUGAAGCUCUCUUAAGCCAUUAAGCCCCUCUUCAGCAAAAACAGUUAAGUAGUUCAUAUCUUUGCCUCCACAGCUCGUGCAGUUUAGCUUGAAGUGCAUGGAAAGAGUUUUUGGGAAGUGUGCAGUCUAUAUAUAGAGCUGCUUUUGUCUUCUAACUCACAUUGUUUCAGAUACACAGAUAAUAACUUGAUAUAAGAUAUGAAUUCAUCAGAAUAUUAGAGCCUGAUAAAGAGCUUAAAGUUUUCCUCUGAUGAUAUCAGAAGUUGGUAUCAUCAGGCUUUUAGUAUCCAUUUAAUCUCUUGUAGAAAAAGUUAUUUUCAUGAAGCCACCUCAAAUGAACAUGAUAUACUAGUUAUUAGUACUAAUAUUGAUAAAUCUGAUAUGCCAAUAUAUUGUCUGCUGUAAUCUUUUAAACUCCUGCUGUGUGGCAGAAUCUGCUCCAGUUGGCUCUGGAGAACUGCUGUGCUUCACUUUGGAAUAGUUCAGGGAAAUUCUCCUGAUUAUCUGCUCCCAAGCUUGCUGUGGUUUGUACAGCAGGUCCCAUUUCUGUCAGGCUGGGCAGCAAGAAAGGGGGGGCUGCAGCUCCUGCAGGCGGAGGGGCACAGGACUGGCCUCAUGUAAGCAAUGCCCAUGCCCAUACCGAAACAUGACUCAGAGGCUGAGCGUCAUCUGCUUUGGGCCCUGGGUUAACAGGCCUCUUAUAGGAAGGAAACAAUUGUUUUUCAGUAUUUUAAGAAUAUUGUUGCUUUAAAUAUAAAUCUAGAGCUCAACAGCAUGGUUCAUAUAUGGAUACUGGUUGCAUUUUCCCUGACUGAAAAAAUGUGUUGUGCAAAGUAUUAGUUAGAGCCAAGUUCUGUUUCAAAAUGAAAUGUACAGUUUCAGUGACAGUUCUGUGAAGAUCAGUAAUUUGUGUAUUCUUUCUAUGCUUUAUACAGGCAACACUUAAUGAAGUACAAACAUUAGGAAGAUGUCCAUCCUGCUGAGAAAUGAACUGUGAAAAAGUUUAAGCAAACAUGUUCCAACUGUUCCUACAAAGGAUUGCACAAGUCACACAUUUUGUUUCCACAAAACUUUCCCCACAAUUUGCUGCUGCUCAGCAUGUACUUCACUUAGCUUCCUACAAUUAAAAUUUGCAAACAAAAAAGCUUUUCAGUGCUAAGAGACUCAUAUGCUUUCCCAGAGAUGUGGAGCCACGUGUUUUGGGAAUGGCUGGGUACACCACGCCAAUAUAAUAUAAAGGCAACGUCAAUCACCUUCUCUCACUUUUUAAUAGCUCCCCUCCAUGAUUCUCAUUCUCUGUCACUAGAAACUUAAGAUUAAAGGAACUUUACUAUAUUUCAAAUACAGUUUAAUCCAUUAAUAUGGAUCUCCUUCACAGCAAUGGAGUGCUUAUCAUUCAGCAUUUACAGAGGGACUACAGGGCUUACCAGGAUUUCCUUAAUUUUAUGUCAUAUGUUGGUGAUCCUCGGAAUAUAUUUUCAAUUUAUUUUCCUCUUUGGUUUCAGCUCAACCAAGUGGUUGGUACUAAAAUGAUAUGGGUGGCUGUCAUUGGUGAUUGGUUCAACCUCAUAUUUAAAUGGAUUUUAUUUGGCCAUCGCCCUUACUGGUGGGUGCAAGAAACAAUGAUUUAUCCUAAUCAGUCAAGCCCAUGCCUUGAACAGUUUCCUAUAACAUGUGAAACUGGACCAGGAAGCCCAUCUGGACAUGCCAUGGGAUCAUCCUGUGUCUGGUAUGUAAUGGUCACAGCAGCACUUGGCUACACUGUUAGGUGGAAAGAUAAAUCAGCUGUUACCCUUCACAGACUAACAUGGUCAUUCCUAUGGAGUAUUUUUUGGAUUAUCCAGAUCAGUGUGUGCAUCUCAAGAGUAUUCAUAGCAACACAUUUCCCUCAUCAAGUUGUUCUUGGAGUAUUUGCUGGCAUUCUUGUGGCAGAAGCAUUUGAGCAUACCCCUGCUAUUCAGACAGCAAGCUUGAGAAUGUACAUCAAGACAAAUUUGUUUCUUUUCAUCUUUGCCCUUGGCUUUUAUCUAUCCCUCAAGCUUCUUGAUAUUGACUUGCUAUGGUCUGUUCCAAAGGCCAAGAAGUGGUGUGCCAACCCAGACUGGAUAAACAUUGACACAACUCCAUUUGCUGGACUGGUGAGGAAUUUAGGUGCACUCUUUGGUUUAGGUCUUGGAAUUAAUUCUGAAAUGUUCAUCACGAGCUGCAAAGGUAAAAAUAGCUGCAAGAUAAGUUUCCGCAUAUUGUGUGUAGCUGCUUCUUUAGCUACCCUGCAGCUGUAUAAUUUUGUUAAGAUACCUACUCAUACUGAGUAUUUGUUCUACAUUCUCUCUUUUUGUAAGAGUGCAGCUAUGCCUCUGACUGUAGUUGCCUUGGUUCCAUACUGUGUCCACUCAUUAAUGAGGACAACUGAAAAGAAACUGAAUUAGGUGAAGUUUCAAAAUGGUUAGCAAUGUGGGGAUGGAUGUGAACUGUUUGAGAACCCUCUGCAAAGGCAGUUUUGCUAAUUCAUUUAAAACAAGAGGUUGUCAUUGCAUAUUUGAUGUAUUCCUGGUAAGUAACCAGUACAUCCAAAAUCAGUACACUCAAGCAGCUGAGAAAUAUUAGUUGCUGAUUUUAUUCCUAGAAAUAUUGCAAGCGCACUGCAGUAUGGUUAGAAAUGACCCAAUACUCUGGGUCAUAAUGAAGUUUUAAAGUAUAACCAACCAUCUUUAUUUAGCUAUAUGGUGGUAUUUUAGUUCUGCCCAUCUCUAGCUAGAUAAGGCUUCAAGCAUGAGUUGUACAUAGUGAUACUCAAUAUUUCAUUUUUUUAUAAAUAGAUACUGUGUGUUAUAAUGCUACAUAAUGGUGUGACAUUAUCACUCCACUUACUGUACGGCUGUAUCCAGACACUGUGAAAAAGGCCAGCAUAGUUAUAAACAAGGCUUUAUAUUUAAUUUAUUGAGCUUCCUGAGCAAACCAGCUUCUGAUUAAGUCAGAUGAUAAAAAAAAAAGUUUAUUUCCAUUGGACUCUGUAGAAUAUAUUUUUGCAUUACUGUGUGGUUUUUGUUAUUUUUACUUUCUGAAAGUGUUCACAUGAAUCAUGAAUGUUACAGAUCACACGUUCGAUAUAGAAAAUGCUUAAAUAUGGUGUAAAAAAUCUUUGGUUUCUGUACAUCUACACAGAGCAACAAAUGAAAAAAGUUGUCAAUAAUUAAAUUAUCUCAGUAUAUGACCUCAAGGAUGUUGUUCAUGCUCCUGUAUUACAAAGGUAAUUCCCUGCUAGUUCUCUCAGAUCCACAGUCACAAGCCUGAAUCAUUGUUAGUAGUUGUGUAAAUCAUGAAAAUAUGGUUGCAGACUGUCACUUCAAGUUUCUAUUCUUUGUUUAACUAAGGACACAAGUAACUAAUAUGUUGAAUAUAGGUUUCUUAUAUAAAAUGGAUUUUCUAAAGGGGUA